AUGGAGUCUUUUAGUAACUUUUUUGAGAAUGAAUGGCACAAUUUGAGCAAAAUGAUCUAUGGCGAUGAAAAUUCGACCGAACAGUUUUACAAACAAGGGCUAAUGUCAAGUCCAUGUGAUAUUGGGUUUAACUUCGAAACUCCUAACACUUUCAUGUGUGCUAGUGAUGAUUCGAGCAAUGCUGACUCAUUCGUUGAUCGUGAACCUUUUGUCGGUGUCUCUGGGCAUUGUAAUCCUAAUUUUUACCAUUUUUUCUCCCAAGAAAAUAGUAUUUGUAGCAGCGAAGUUGCUCAAAUAACAACAAUACCCAAUCUCGUCAAUAGUGAUGCUACUGACGAUACUAGUUCACUUUCGUACCCAUAUCAUGAGAAUUUGUCUUUUUUUCUUUCUAAUAAUGAUGUUACUUCAUCAUCAAAUGAUGUGUGUGAUAUGUCCAUCCAAUAUUGUAUGAUGGAUGAGAUAAACAACUCAUCGCUACCAAAAACUCAUGUUUUUUCUCAAGGAAGUCUCUAUGUAACACACGAUGUGACGGAGAAGGAUAUAACAACGAAGAAUUCACCUGUUUCGAGCAAGGAAUCACCUCUCGAGAGGAAGCUUGAAAUGCACGAUGCAACGGAUGUUGAAGCCAACAUUGGGAAAACUGAUAAGAACCUCAAGAAAAGAAUUCGAACCGUAAGUGUAUUAUUUUAUAAAAACAAGAAGAAUGUGCAACCAAAGAAGAAGCAAAAGAUGAUCGACACAGAAGCUAAAAACGACGACAACAAUGUGGAACGAAAUGGGCAAAGUUCAAGUUAUUGGAGCUCCAAUGAUGAUUUAAAUGAAUCCCAAGAAGUGGAUGUCACACUUAACCCGAAUGGGAAAACAAGGGCUGGUCGAGGAGCCGCGACUGAUCCUCAAAGUCUCUAUGCAAGAAAAAGAAGAGAAAGGAUUAAUGAGAGACUAAGGAUCCUUCAAAACCUUGUACCAAAUGGUACAAAGGUUGACAUUAGCACAAUGCUUGAGGAAGCAGUUGAAUAUGUGAAGUUCUUAAAGCUUCAAAUUCAGUUGUUGAGCUCUGAUGAUAAAUGGAUGUAUGCUCCCAUUGCUUACAAUGGAAUGGACAUGGGUCUUUACCAAAAUAUUGCCCAGACUCUAUAA